CCAGUGGUACCUGGAUGCUACGUCAGUCGACCCAGAUCUCGGAUUCAAGUUCUCCAGGCUUCUAUGAUCUAAUUGAUACUUGGACACUUGUAUUCUCCGAGUCCUAAAUACCAAGGUAACAUGGCAGCGUUUGUACCUCGAUACUAUACCACUGCACAUACCUUAACCACACUCAACCCGGGAAGCCCUCUUUGUUUCGCGCUGUCUUACCAUCAUCUCAGUCCAUAGUGAUUGAUUGAUUGUGACAGAAAGAGGCCACUCCUUCAAUUGCUACUACUGGUGCCGGAACAGUUCUCAAAGUCUUUCCAAACACCACGCUGCACGCUAGACAAGCUAUAGAGAGCUACAUUGUACAGGUCCCUAGGCCUUCUUUGCUUACAAGCGAUAUAUUUUGUACCACCCAUUAUCCAUCUGGUUCUUUGAGCGACUUGAACCUCAGCAGCGACCUCAACCAUUACCUCCGAUUCAAGAAUAUCAGAUCUUGCACGGCGUUCGCAUCGCAUCACUUCACCAUUGCCUCGCAUCUUAGCCAGCUCGUUUCAUACUACAGCUUUCAAAUUGAACACGCACAAGCUUUCCAUAUCCUUAACACCCUCUCUUACUCAAUCUCAGCAUCACACACACGACAUCUCAACAAUGGCCUCGAAGGACACCAAUGCAAAACCAGCUUCAACACGCACAUCUACCUCCAAAGAAGUGGACAAAGACAUGAACACACUAAUCCAACACCACCCCCUCCACCACCACACCUCACCCUCGCGCAGCAUCUCCUUCCUAAUCCACUCAUUGGGCCUCUCGAGCUUCAGCUACUCAUUCCACUACCUGACCGCACACCCAAACCACAUCAACCAAGCCUACGGCUGGCACUUCCAAUACCUCACCAUCAUCGGCCUUGCCCUCGCAACAGCAACCUUCAUCCUGGGCCUUCUCGCAGACCUAACCCUAUCACGACGGAUAUUUGCCGCCAAAAACAUCGUGUCCAUGUGUUCGGCGCCCAUGGAAGUUCUGAUUACGGUCUUAUACUGGGGUUUACGGAUGAUUGAUCCGGAACUCGUGGUUCCCAAAGAACUCGAGCUGCCGUUCAGUGCGGACGCGAGUUUCCAUUUGGCACCUAGUGUGUUCUUGCUGUUGGAUUUGUUGUUGUUGAGUCCCCCCUGGACGAUUUCCAUUUUACCUGCUAUUGGUCUUAGUACGGUUAUUGCUCUGUUGUAUUGGUAUUGGAUCGAGAUGUGUUAUGCUGUUAAUGGGUUUUAUCCGUACCCUCUGUUUGCGUUGCUGGAUACGAGUCAGCGGGUGAUUUUGUUUGGGGGGUCGGCGCUGUUGAUGGCUGCUAAUACGGCGGUGUUGAAGUGGGUGCAUGGGAAGGUGAAUGGGAGGUUGGGCAGGAGGGGAGGGAUGGGUGGUGGUGAGAGGCCGGGGAGAGUUAGUUAAUGGUCUCUGGCCUGGCAUCCGAACCGAACAUAAGCUACACGCCGUGCUCAAGGGUUGCGGCGAAAGGAGAGGAACUUAGAGUGGAACAGAUAGUGAACCAAAUACUAUACUACUGAACCUGUGCUAGCGGAGAGCAUUGCAAGAUCACAACACAAGCGACAUACUAUGGAGAGUAUCUACCCUGGACCAGAACCUAUCUCAACGAGCCGAAUCAAUACAUGAAAAAAAGCCUAUCGUGCGGUUAGGGUGAUGGGAUCGUGGUGCGAGAGAACUACGACUAGCGAGUCCAGGUUGAGUUCUGCCUCAAAAGGUCAUGGGGGGCCUAUCCCAACCUCCAAACUCGGUUUGAAUAGCUAAUACCCGUACGCAUGCUCCCAAAGACUCCUCACAGUGGCAAGAGAAACACACCAUACGAUUUACUCUUCCGAACCCCCGCCCAGUUCAGUUGGUCGGCUAUCAAGCCAAACACGAUGGACGAUAUCGAUCCCGAUUAUCGGCACAUAUAGGUGGUAGGUACCCAUAGACUCAGGGUCCUGGCUACCCUCAGGAAGAGAAGCUACACUUCCACCCCA